AUGGUGGAGAUCAAGGAUAUCCUAGAAAGUUUUAAGAACGAGCAAAAAACCAAGUUUGACAAACUUGAAAAAAUUUUUUUAGCCGUGGACGAUAUAAAAAAACAAAAUGGUGAAAUACAGAAUUCCGUGGAUUUUCUAUCACAAAAAUAUGACUGUAUUGUCACUCAAAUAGGAAAAUUGGAAUCUGAGAAACAGUCCAAUCUGCAAUACCUUCAGCUUCUAGAGGAUAGGCUGGAUAACUACGAAAGACUCUCUAGAGCAACAUGCAUUGAAAUCAGGAAUAUUCCGACUGUCAAAUCGGAAACAAAAGACAGUCUUCUUAACACCAUCAUAGCGACUGGUAAAAUUCUAAAUAUGUCCAUCCAGCCAAAUGAAAUCAAGGAUGUAUUCCGCUUUAACUCUCGUGACCCGGCAUAUAAGACUGUGCUUGUAGAUUUUAACAGCGUACUUACAAAAGAGAGAGUCAUUCGUAUGUACAGAAAAACAAGUAAAGAAAAUAAUCGCCCUACUACAGAAAAACUAAGACUGACUGGACCUCCUAAACCAAUUUUUAUUUCUGAAAGCUUAUCAUCCAAGGCAAAAAGGCUGUUCUUCUUUACCAAGGACUUUGCUAACUCAAAUCAGUACACUUACUGUUGGACAUCAAGCGGUAAAAUAUAG